AUGUCUCCUAAGUCUUCUGAAGAUGUGGAUGUCGAUGUCUUAUACGCCAGUCACAUGGGUACUAUCUCUCUUGACGAUAUUCUAAAGCAAGAGGGCAUUAUGGCUAAGUUGGGGCUUCUUUUUAGAGAUGUGAAGGAAGAGUUGGGUAAUUCGCGAUUGAAGAAGAAGAGCCAAGAUGCCCUCAGCCUUGUUGGGCUUCAUCAUCAGGCGGUCUCAUCCAAGAUCGUUUAUGCUCUCGAGGUUGCAAAAAUUGUUGGUGAUUCACCACCAAGAUCUUCUGCUAGUAGGACUGAUAAGAAGGAUAAUUCAGCCAAUAUAUUUGGUGUUUCGAGUGGAAGAAAAGGAAAGGGUAUUAAGGGCAAGGCUCUAACUGAAGUAGAAGAAGAUGGAAAUGACUCCAUUCCUCCUAUAAUGGAGGAUAACACGGACAAAAUUACUGGUGCUUCGAGUGAUAGAAAGGGAAAGGGUAGUAGGGUGGGGACGAGGAUGGGGUGA